AUGGACAUUGAAUAUACUUUUUGGCAAAUGCUUCACCUAUGCACCUCACCAAAAGUUGUCUAUCAGCACACCAAGUACCACAAGCAAACUAAGAAUCAAUGGGCUCGUGACGACCCUGCUUUUGUUGUAAUCUGCAGCCUUCUACUUGCAGUUGCAACUAUGGCUUAUUGUGCUGCGUACGACCAUAGUGCUGCACAUGCUGUUUUUGUAGUUAUUUCCGUUUUGCUUUUUCAUUUUUUGUUCAUCGGAAUGCUUCUGGCUACAUUUUGUUGGUUUUUGACUAAUUCUUACCUUCGUGAAGAGGCCCCGAAUAGUCAUGUUGUUGAGCAACGUGUUGAAUGGAUGUACGCAUUUGAUGUGCACUGCAACUCUUUCUUCCCGAUGUUUGUUAUGCUUUACGUGAUCCAUUAUUUUCUAUCACCAAUUUUGGUAGCUCAUGGUUUCAUUCCUGUGUUGCUAUCAAAUUUGCUAUUCAUGGUGGCAACUUCAUACUAUCAUUAUCUCAACUUUUUAGGUUAUGAUGUACUGCCCUUUCUGGAGAGGACGACUUUCUUCCUUUAUCCAAUCAGUGUUGUCAUUGUCCUCUCUCCGAUCUUGAUUUUGAGUGGCUUCAAUCCUUCAAGAUACUUUAUGAAUAUGUACUUUAGUCAACGAGUAUGGAUUUAA